AUGAGGUCACUCCUAUUUUUGAUUGCCUUACUUUUAACCAUAACAUUCUUAUUCAAACAUUGUUCAUCCCAAAUUGAACCCGGUGACAAUAAAAUCUUCCUAGAUGGCCAUAACGCUGCUCGCCGCGAUGUCGGGGUAGAUCCAUAUACAUGGGACAAAAAGCUUGAAGCCUAUGCUCAAGACUUUGCUAACAAGAAACCUAGUUGUUCAACAGACUUGGGUUCAAAGAUUCCAUAUGGUAUAAACCUUGGUAUAGGCUAUGGUUUCUUGAGUAGUGGGCAAUCGAUUGGUAGCUGGGUUGGUCAAAAGUCUGAUUAUAACUACCCAUCAAAUUCAUGUGCCAAAGGAAACAUCCCAGGAGAAAAACCUUAUUAA